GGCUCUCCAGGGCUGAGCCAGGAAAGGGCAGGGACGCAGCACCACCGCCUCCAGAGUUUCCCUUGUGGAUGCACGGCCCCGGUGACUCCGCUCCUCCCGGCGCAGAGGGGUCUCAAGAAGCCGGAGGAGCGGACUCGGGACGGAAUUUCCGAGAAAGGAGAGAGGAAGGGCGCUCCACCCGCUCUGGAGCGGUUAGGUGAAAGAUGAAGGGCCGGCGGCGGCGGCGCCGGGAGUACUGCAAGUUCGCGCUGCUGUUGGUGCUAUACACGCUGGUGCUUCUGCUCAUCCCCUCGGUCCUGGACGGCGGCCGCGAUGAGGACAAGGGCGCCCGGCACUGCCCGGGCCUGCAGCGCAGCCUGGGAGUGUGGAGCCUGGAGGCGGCGGCGGCGGGCGAGCGCGAGCAGGGCGCGGAGGCGCGGCCAGCCGCGGAGGGGGUCGCUGGCCGGUCCCCCAGGUCCUCGGGCAAUCUCAACAGCGCCGUCGGGGAGGCCGCGUCUCGCGAAAAGCAGCACAUCUACGUGCAUGCUACCUGGCGCACCGGCUCAUCGUUCCUGGGCGAGCUGUUUAACCAGCACCCGGACGUUUUCUACUUGUACGAACCCAUGUGGCAUCUGUGGCAGGCGCUGUAUCCGGGCGACGCCGAGAGCCUGCAGGGCGCACUCCGCGACAUGCUGCGCUCGCUCUUCCGCUGCGACUUCUCAGUCCUGCAGCUGUACGCGCCGCCCGGUGACCCUGCCGCGCGCCCCCCAGACGCGGCCAAUCUCACCACGGCCUCCCUCUUUCGCUGGCGGACCAACAAGGUCAUCUGCUCGCCGCCGCUGUGCCCUGGCGGACCCCGGGCCCGCGCCGAGGUCGGCCUCGUUGAGGACACUGCCUGCGAGCGCAGCUGCCCACCCGUGGCACUCCGAGCCCUGGAGGCCGAGUGCCACAAGUAUCCGGUCGUGGUCAUCAAGGACGUGCGCCUCCUCGACCUGGGCGUGCUGGUGCCCCUUCUGCGCGACCCAGGCCUCAACCUGAAGGUGGUGCAGCUUUUUCGCGACCCGCGGGCUGUCCACAACUCUCGUCUCAAGUCCCGGCAGGGGCUGCUGCGCGAGAGCAUCCAGGUGCUGCGCACCCGCCAGAGGGGCGACCGCUUCCACCGCGUGCUGCUGGCGCAUGGCGUGGGUGCUCGCCCCGGAGGAGCAUCCCGCGCGCUGCCCGCCACGCCGCGUGCCGACUUCUUCCUGACCGGCGCACUCGAGGUGAUCUGCGAAGCCUGGAUGCGCGAUUUGCUGUUCGCGCGCGGCGCUCCCACCUGGCUGCGGCGCCGCUACCUGAGGCUGCGCUACGAGGACCUGGUGCGGCAGCCGCGCGCCCAGUUGCGCCGCCUGCAACGCUUCGCCGGGCUCCGCGCGCUCGCAGCCCUGGACGCCUUCGCGCUCAACAUGACGCGCGGCGCGGCCUAUGGCGCCGACCGGCCCUUCCACCUGUCAGCGCGCGAUGCCCGCGAGGCAGUGCACGCCUGGCGCGAGCGCCUGAGCCGAGAGCAGGUGCGCCAGGUGGAGGCCGCCUGCGCCCCAGCCAUGCGCCUGCUGGCUUACCCUCGUAGCGGGGAAGAUGGUGAUGUCGAGCCGCCUGAGGACGAGGAGACACAGCUGGAGACCGAGGCGGAUGGCGCCACGUAGUCCGCCACCCGCGCCCCCGGGACAGAUCCGGGUCAGUCACCAUAAACCGGGACACUCAGCAUGUUGUCCCAGCGUUGGAAGAAGCCACACUGUGGGGGCAAUCUAUCACACUGUCAGAGACUGGGGCUUGACUUGGUACCAACUGCUGUGCAGUUGGAACAGGAAUAUCAUGAGCUGUUAAAUAAUGACUGACACAUUGAUUGAAACGAAAUUUCCAGUAAGGAAGUGACAGUGCAAUGCAGAUAAUUAUGGCAAUAAAAUAGGAAGAGCUUUAGUUCCCAGCCUGACCCUGCCUCUGUUGGAGUCAAUUCAACAAGGCGUUCUCAGAACAAAGAAGAGACGUGAUUUGGUACCAUUUCCCAUCAGCAGGUGCCUGGACAAAACAUCAAUGUGAAGACGGGCCAAGUGCAGUCCUGUGUAUCUUGAUUAAAUUACUUAAUAUAAAAUAAAAGAUCUGGGGGGUAUAUUUUAAAAUCUGACUCAUCCAGCUCUUCUUCAAAUAGCUCCCCUGGCCCCCACCCCUAAAUGGAUUUUUUAAAAGUAAUUUCCUUGGGUGGGAGAACCCUAAUGAACUGAAAGAAAUGUUUGCUUUUAAAUUGUUCUGAUGUUUUUGUAAUUAUACUAUUAAAUGAUUCUGGAGUCACUGUUAAUGACAAGAUUUAUUUUUGCUUUAUUUUGCUAGGGAGCAGAUUUUACGAUGUAGUUCAACUGCAUGAUUUAGGGAGCAGUUAGUCUACAUAUAGAGGAAUACAAGGACUAUGAGAGAAACUGUAGGAAGCUCAAGAAUCUUAGCAAUUCACCAACUCUCAAAGCCUGUUAAGGAUGUUUGCAGGCUGGGAGAAGUCACAGGUUCCAAGUGUUUAACUCAAAGGCACAUUUUUAAAGUCUAAAAGUGUUGCUGUGAUUUUUUAGAUCCAAUCUUUAAAAAUUUUUCAAGCAUCUAAAUUAGCGGUCAGGAAAAGCCUUUUCUGAGAAGACUCUAAUAGUAAAUAGCUCAGGCUUUAUGAGCGCUAGUUGUUCAGUGCCCUUACAACUCAGCUCUGCAUGAAAGCAGUCACAGACAAAAUGAGUGAGUAGAGUGUAUGCCAAUAAAACUUUAUUUACAAAAACAACCAGUAGACUGGAUUUGAUCCAGGGGCCACUGUAAUUUGUCCAUCUCUGUUUUAAAUGAAGUUGGAGAGGAAUAGCUUCCACCCAAAACAGAACCUCUCUGUGUGGGAAAGAAACAAACUAAGAACAGGCCCAUACUGCAUUCCUCUACUAAUGGACAACACUUUUAAAAAUAUGAAACGAGAUGAGCUCAGCCAGUUAAUCUUUUUAUUUUGAUUUUUGUUAAAAAAAAAGGGAAAGAAAAAGGCUUUGAGAAAAAUGUGUUAAAUAUAAGUAAAGGGCAGGAAAACAUGUAGCUAGCUUUACAAUAUCAAUCUAAACAUAUACACAAAGGCAACAUUAAGUAAAAUGCUAGGGAGAGGGAACACAUUGGGGGCCUAACUCCAGUUUUCUUUAUUGCACAUAAAGGUUGCUGAUAACUCCGUCUUCACGUUUUCACAGUUAGACAUGUUUUAAUAUUAUUUUAUAUAACAUGUUUAUAUAACACACUAUGUUAAUUUUAUAAAACCACCAGUUUGCUACUAUUGAAUGGAAGUAAAAGACAAAAAUUUCCCCAAUUACAGUAUGGAGGCUCUCUAUAAAAAAAUUCCCCUGAAGGUCACAUCAGACCUUAUUAAAUUCAUCCUAGUCUAUUUAAAAAACUGCUUUUCAGCUAUUAAAUGAAUCUUGGUGACCUCCCCAUUUAAUCAUUUUAAUGGACAGAGUAAAACUUCCUAAGAAAUACCAGAUGUAUUUUAUGUAAAAAACAAACCUAAGUGACCCUACUAUGAAGUCAUACUUUUGAAUGAGUGAUUUCAGUGACAGAUUCCAAACCCAUAGACUUAACACCCACAUGACUGAAAAACCACCCCAUUGCUUCUCCAAAGUUCACAGCUGGAAUACCAUAACUAAAGUCAACCCCCAAAUGUCCAUGCAGUUAAGACACUCACCCACUGACACUGGGAUCUUAACUUGUUUGAAGUGCUUUAGACAGCAGAUGUAGAGUUCUUCAUGAUGUUUCCAAGUCCUUUUCCAUCUGAGUUCCUCCGACACAUACAGGCCCACCCAGAUAAUUUUCCACUGGCCAAAAGUCAAGCUGACCGUGACACUUGGCAGUUCUGUGAAGCUUUUCGAAAAGGUGGCCGUCAGGGUAAGAAAGUGACCUCUCCUAAGUGCUCUUGUGUCUAUUUCAGACCUUUUCAAAAGGCAGCAGAACAGGCAAGCCCUCCUUGUCAUUUUCUCCAAGGGUCAUGUAGCAGAAAACUGGCUGCCUGUGUGUGCCAUGUAGGCCAUGGUUAGAGUAUACCCUGCUUACAAAAAUAAAACAUCAAAAACUUUGGUUUUGCUCUUUACAACUUCUGCUAUCACUGGCUGACAAAUGGGUUUGUUAAUUUACAGAAGCUCUGCUUAUGAAACUCAGAACUGGAAGAAAAAUGGUUUAUUUCUAGGUUUUGUUUUGAAAGGAUUGUCAAAGAGCCUACUUGCUUUUCCUCAUUAGACACUAGCAUUGGUUUCCAGAAUACUUCUCUGUAGAUUGUUCUUAUUAGGUUUUAGAAAGAGGGGAGGUCUUUUCAGGUAUCCACAUGGUGAAAGCAGCAUUCAGGUGGGUUGUUUCUAAACUGUAAGUCUUGGUCACGAAAUGCCCUCAAUUUACUGUACCUGUAUCAGAAUGCAGCAAUUGACACUGGUGAGUCAGAUUGUCAGUUAAAAACACAGAAAGGAUCAGAAUUCAAUGACAGUAUUUGACAGACUAGCUCCUUCACUAACUCAUCUACAGAAGCAACAUCAAAAAGCAAGCAUGAAACCUGUCAAAUGCCCCAUUUCUGAAGCGGAAAAAGAAGUCAUAUAGUUACUGAAUCAACAAGCUGACUUUCCUGAUGCCCUCAGUCCAGGUUCCAAUUUAUAGCAGCUGGGAAAAUCAGCUUUCUGAUCCACCUCUUAGAGCUCACAAUGGGUACCAAGGUAGGUUUCCAAGAGGAUGACUCCCCCACAAUGAGUUGCUUGUUUGCCCUGCCAGCAAUUUCACCUAAGUGCAUCAGCAGUGUUUCUAUAUUUAGAAGUCAUUUUGUUCACAUUAGAUAGCUGACAUGAAAACAUUAACUUCCGCUGAGGACAAAGAAAGGGGGAGCUAUGAUGGGGCUUGGGCAUGUGUGCGUGAAACAGACUUCUGUUUUUGAAACAAACAUUACUUGUUUGCCCUAGACUGAAAUGUUCAUGGAUAGCUGAGAGAACAUUUUUUCAGGUUUUCUACAGAAAUAUUUGUUGACUGAACCAUGGAGGACAUUUUCAGGUCUAGAGGACACAGCCUAAAGAGCUCCUUGCUGUUUACUUGAUGAAACAUUUGAUGUCACAGUGUGAUUUUUGGCUGCAGGACAUCAAUGCUUGUUUUUCUGGUCACUCCAAUAAGUACCCUGAUGGCCAGAGUCCAUUUAAUCACAUAUGCCCUUCCUAUGCCUGUUUCCUAGGAAGAAAUACAGCCUUCUUUAAAUUCCAAAUUUCCUUCUUUAGUUCAAUUCUCCUUGUAGUCC